AGCUCCACGAGCUGAAUUAAAGUUACUGAACUGACUGCAGCUUUGCAGCAGAAUGCAAUAUAGCCAAGAAAUGGCAAGAUCUGACUCCUUGCAUUUUAAGAUCAUUGAUUAGUUCAUCAUCAUGGAGCCUAUGGAGAAAGAAGAUUAUCCCAUCUGCCUGGUAGCUUGCAAGAGCCGUAACCAGCCACUUACCCCUGAGAAAGGGUACCAAUCUGCUCUAACCUCAACUUCUCAAUCGGAUUCUCUCAAGACAACUGGCUCGCUACAAGAUUUCUCUUCCCAGGUCGGAUCGAGCGGGGUCAUCGUCGACUACCAGAAGGGACUGGUAAUCACAACUGCCCUGCCCUUCGCAGAGUUCAUCCCCAGUGAACAAGGUGGAAGAAAUGAUCACCAGUCUAAUAAUAGUGAGGGUGGAUUAGAUAACUGUGUAAAUCAUUACAGUGGGAAUGAGCUCAAAGAAUCAUCGGUUUCAGUGAUUCUGCAAAGUCCGAAAAUAAACGAGAUGGAAAAAGCAAAGCAGAGCUUCCUUUCAACAAGACAAUCGACAGCUAACCGGCAUCGACCGAGUGCGAAUAGAGUUUUCUCAGCCUUGCCCCACCCCAGCAAACUCACGACAUCAUCCAUCAAGGAUAAUGCGACUGAAUCGUUUGAGGUGCAUGAUGCAAGAGUCGUGUUGCUAUGGAGAUGUGCAUCGCUUGACGACGAGAUGAAGUCCCUCAUGCCCAGUGCAGACAGGUGGGAGCUGGAUUAUGGGGAAAAGAAGGGAGAGAUUGGUAGCAGUUCCCAUCUCAUGGAUGGAAAGGACGUGUUAGAGGAUGGGGAUGAAGAGGGGAGAAAGGAUAACGGUCAGAGGAAUCUUCUGAGCUGGUUUGCUCUGCUACAAGUUGAUGGAGGUCUUCAUGUUUCCUCAGGACAACAACUCAAAAUAGUCCCCAGUACUAGCCUGCGUCUGGCCCAGCCUGUUACGGCGUGUGGUACGCCAUUUGCAACGCUCAGUCCAUCUAUCUUCUACAACAGUCUAAGUAAAGGGAUCAUCACUAAACACAGCGGGCAGGACCUUGUUAUGACGGACGCAAGGUGCAUGCCAGGCACGGAGGGAGGAGGGCUGUUUGUCACGGAUAAGAAACAUAGAUACCUCGCUGCGAUGAUCAUAUCUCCUCUUUGCUGGAAAUCCAAUGAAUGGAUCGGUCUGACUCUGGCUUGCUCUAUGACCGCCAUCUUGGAUUCACUUCAAGGGUUGACCUCGAUUGACCUCUCAAUGAUAAGGUCAACAUACCAUGGGUACGGUUCUCAUUCCAGUCACGAAAUGUGCCUUCAAAAUCCAGAAGUGGACCUCAAGCGUUUUCAAAGCGUAGUUCUAUUGCGAGUUGGGACAGUGUGGGGUUCAGGGGUCAUCGUCAAUGAGAAGGAGGGGCUUAUACUGACAUGCAGGCAUCUUGUAAAGGGUGCAUCUUACAACCAAGUGAGUGUGAAGGUCUCCUCCGGUUCAUGGAUGAAAGCAAGUGUAUUACACACAAAUCCUGUGACCUCACCAAUUGACCUAGCCAUCUUGAAGGUCGAAGGUCAUCAAGACAAUGCUUCAUUGGUCAGCAUUGGAAUGGACACUGACUACCAGGAAGGUUCCAGGGUGUAUGCCGUGGGGUUCCCUCUCUUUGAUCCAAGCCAAAGUUCAACGCCUUCUGUGACCUCUGGGGUCGUGUCAAAGGUCAUCAGAAUCAACCAAAAGCCGAUCAUGACCCAGUCUACCUGUGCUAUAAAUGCCGGAGCAAGUGGGGGCGCUCUUUUAUGCGCAGAGACCGCGAACCUAGUCGGUAUCAUAGCUAGCAACUCAAGAGACAGUGAGAGCGGAGCCUCAUUCCCUCAUGUUAAUUUCAGUAUACCUGUAGAGUGUUUUAGGCAUGCUAUCAAGCAGUACAUCAUUACUAAAGAUCCGUCAUGGUUUAAGGACUUGGAGCUGAUCAAUGAGAAAGUCGAAGCUGUCUGGGCUCUAGAGGAGAAUGGCACAUACAUCAGAAGACUCCCUAGCAAGCUUUGAUCUUCUUGGAGGACUUGAGAAAUAUUUUGAUUUAUAGUUAUCAUGGGCCCUGUAAAUACAGUGCGUCCCAGAAAAAGCGAAACCGAGAAUUAUCAAUGUUUUAUAUAACUUAUUAUUAACAAAUUAAUAAAUGACACAUAUUUGUAAAGCUUAGA